UAAUUAAUUAAUAACCAAGUGUCGCCAAGAUCGCAAUAUCAAUGGCCUUAUCCUCUCCUCUGGUUCUUCCCGUUCUCAACCCCAUUCCACUCGACAAUUUGCCCCCAAAAUAUCUCCAUUUCCAUUCAGAACCUUCUCCUGCGACCCCUCGCUUCUGUGACAACGAAACCAGCCAUUAUGGCUCCAUCUCGAGGGCUUCUUCUUCAGCAUCGCAAAAAUGGAGAACAAGAGUCUCCUUCUUUCCCGCUUUCUUGAAAAAGGGCAAAGACGCUGAGGAUCUCAAGGACGAGCUUCUCGAGGCCAUUGCGCCGCUAGAUCGAGGGGCUGAUGCUACCCCUGAAGACCAGCAAAGAGUUGAUCAGAUUGCACGCAAACUUGAAGCAGUUAAUCCAACAAAGGAGCCUCUGAAAUCCAAUCUACUUGAUGGAAAAUGGGAGCUUAUAUACACUACCUCAAGGUCAAUUUUGCAAACCCAGAGGCCAAAGAUUUUGAGAUCAAGGACAAAUUAUCAAGCAAUCAAUGCAGAUAUUCUUAGGGCCCAAAAUAUGGAGUCUUGGCCAUUCUUUAACCAGGUUACAGCGGAUUUAACACCUCUGAAUGCAAAAAAAGUGGCUGUCCAAUUUGAUACUUUCAAAAUUGCGGGCUUUAUACCUGUUAAGGCACCUGGAAGAGCCCGUGGUGAAUUAGAAAUAACAUAUUUAGAUGAAGAGCUACGGAUAUCAAGAGGUGACAAAGGAAACUUGUUCAUACUGAAAAUGGUUGAUCCAUCAUACCGGGUUCCUGCAUAAAUAUGAUGCAUUAUCAGUACUUGUGGCUCACGUUACUCUUUUCACUGGCCUCAAAACUGAAUCAUUGCUUCCUGAGGAAAAGAUUUAUGUUCAAACCUCAUAGGCCACAUGGUUUAGUGUAAGUAUGACAUUCUGUUUUUGUUCUUUUCCGUUGAAGAUAUUAAAUAAACCAGUUGAAAGUGGGGAGUUAAUCAGCUGUGUCUCUGCUGUGGUUUUCUUCCCUGGAGACUUCGGCUUUAGAGCAAUGUAUGUACUUUGGCCCAGAGACAAUGGUUAUAUUGACAUGAUUUUUGUGUAUAUAUAUGUAAUAAUAAAAAAAAUGAGUCUGAAAGUGUAAUGCUAUCGUGCAAGGACUUUGUAACUUCAGUCCCUAUUAUCAAUAGUAGAUGUGACAGUAUAAUUCACAGUUC